AUGGAUGUCAUUUGGCUGUCCAGACCCGCGGGUUUUCCCAGUCCCAACCUGUAUCCCACGACUAGCAUACCAACAAACCACGGUGUUUAUACUAUCCUGUCCAGACCCGCGGGUUUUCCCAGUCCCAACCUGUAUCCCACGACUACCAUACCAACAAACCACGGUGUUUAUGCUAUCCUGUCCAGACCCGCGGGUUUUCCCAGUCCCAACCUGUAUCCCACGACUAGCAUACCAACAAACCCGGGCGUUUAUGCUAUCCUGUCCAGACCCGCGGGUUUUCCCAGUCCCAACCUGUAUCCCACGACUAGCAUACCAACAAACCACGGUGUUUAUGCUAUCCUGUCCACACCCGCGGGUUUUCCCAGUCCCAACCUGUAUCCCACGACUAGCAUACCAACAAACCACGGUGUUUAUGCUAUCCUGUCCACACCCGCGGGUUUUCCCAGUCCCAACCUGUAUCCCACGACUAGCAUACCAACAAACCACGGUGUUUAUACUAUCCUGUCCAGACCCGCGGGUUUUCCCAGUCCCAACCUGUAUCCCACGACUAGCAUACCAACAAACCACGGUGUUUAUGCUACCCUGUCCAGACCCGCGGGUUUUCCCAGUCCCAACCUGUAUCCCACGACUAGCAUACCAACAAACCUCGGUGUUUAUGCUAUCCUGUCCAGACCCGCGGGUUUUCCCAGUCCCAACCUGUAUCCCACGACUAGCACACCAACAAACCACGGUGUUUAUGCUAUCCUGUCCAGACCCGCGGGUUUUCCCAGUCCCAACCUGUAUCCCACGACUAGCAUACCAACAAACCACGGUGUUUAUGCUAUCCUGUCCAGACCCGCGGGUUUUCCCAGUCCCAACCUGUAUCCCACGACUAGCAUACCAACAAACCACGGUGUUUAUGCUAUCCUGUCCAGACCCGCGGGUUUUCCCAGUCCCAACCUGUAUCCCACGACUAGCAUACCAACAAACCACGGUGUUUAUGCUAUACUGUCCAGACCCGCGGGUUUUCCCAGUCCGAACCUGUAUCCCACGACUAGCAUACCAACAAACCACGGUGUUUAUGCUAUCCUGUCCAGACCCGCGGGUUUUCCCAGUCCCAACCUGUAUCCCACGACUAGCAUACCAACAAAUCACGGUGUUUAUGCUAUCCUGUCCAGACCCGCGGGUUUUCCCAGUCCCAACCUAAACCUGCACCACAACCCAUGGCGGUGCGACUGCAAACUCAUCUGGCUGGUCAAGUGGCUGCAGCAGCAGGCCUGGGGGCCGGGGGCCAAGUCGCCCGAGUGUCACUGGCUUCCUUCCGGGCCUCCCCGGCGCCUCCAGCUCCACCAAAUGGACAUCUGCGAGAUGAAGUGUCCCUUACAUCAAGGUGAGAACUGGCGACGACGUGCUGUGGGUUAA